UGUGUGUGUGUGUGUGUGUGUGUGUGUGUGUCUCCUGCGCACAGAUGGGGGGAAAGGGGAGGGGUCUUUCUACAAACUGCACACCAGUCCAGAGCAGGAGAGGGACCUGGCAGAUCAUCAGUCGGGUCUGGCAACGUAGAGAAGACUGAAGAACCAGGCUGGAAAACAGCAGGGACCAGGUAGAAACUGGGCCCUCAACUCCAUGUCAUUGUGUCCCUACCACAAAACCUGGCUCUGACUGGCUGAGUCCAGGUAUCUUCAGCUGGUUUUAACCAAACCCCCAACUUUGGCAGCAGGAAUACUGCCUCCUUCCUUUCACAACUCAAGUGAUAGAGACCCACACACACACUGAAAAUGGAUGCAGAUGCUUUGCUGCCUACAAACCUCAGCAGAUGUCCAGUACACUUGGACAUUUGGGGACAUUCAUUCCAAGACUCAGAAGCAACUUUCUUCCUCUUCCGUUAUGUUAUCAAUAUUGAAGUAGAGCCUAGUCCCAGCACAGGGGAGGCUGAGAUAGGAUUUGCUUGAGACCAUGAGUUCAAGACCAGCUUGGCCAACAUAGCAAGACUGCAUAAUAAUGGUGCAUACCUAUAAUCUCAGCUACUUGGGAGGCUGGGGCAGAAGGAUCUCAAGUUAAAGCCCUUAGAAACAUUUAAAGGGGGUGGUACUUGGGAUGUAGCUUGGUGGUAAAGCACUUGCCUAGCAGGAAGGACCUGAGUUUGAUCCCCAAUACGGCAAAAAAGAAACAAGCAAGCAAAAACAAAACUGAGCUCACCUAGCUCUCUGCCCACCCCAUCAGGGAGGCCUGAGUAGGGAACCUGAGGGUGGAAGCUGAAGGAGAGAGGUAGGGCCCCUGAAGACCUUGCAUACAGGGGCAGAGAGCCUAGACGGGCAGCUUCUGGUGUACCUGAAAGGCUGAUCCCAGGAUGGGCUGAGGCGGUGUGAAACACAAGGCAGACCCCAUUUGUGCAUCAGCCCUGUGUGCAAGGAUCAGGUUCAAAGAGAAAACUGUGGAAAUGUGCUUCGGUAAUAUAGCUGCAAACACCAGAAUAAGAACAUCGUUAUGCUAAGGUUCAGGAUAUUUUUGGAAGUUGGGCAGAUUAAAAGGCAUGUGUCUGUGUAUUUAAAACCAACUGACCCCCAAGUGAGAAAUUUCUGCUCCUGGGCUUGUUUUCUGAUGUGUAUUGUCACAAAGUGCAUAGGGUUGGGAACUGUAAAUGGUCGUAUUCAUACCAAAAGCAUUAGUUAAAACAGUCGCGCUAUUGAGCACAGAACAAUGCUCACACUGUGCCUUUUUAUAAAAAGCAUAUGGGACUCCUGCAGAGGCCAUUGCGGGUUCUAACAUUAUGCUUUGCUCCUCUCCCUUGAACACUGUGGGCGGGGCCUCCUGUCCAGGGGCCUCGGCCCAGCGGGCUCGCUCCGAGGCGCUCGGGAUGGAAGCUGCUGAGCUGAUUUCUGCCUUUGGCCCUGCACGGUCCCCUUUGCAUUCGCCCGUUAAAUACUCCUAGAAACACAUUAACGCCCUCUAUUAAGCCAGUGGGGACUGUGCGUUUCAAACAAAAGUACUCCCAGCCUGGGUUGGGCGGGGGGAGCUUGGGGGUCGGGAGAGGGGCGUCUGUCUUCUGGUGGAACUGAACUCCGGUUUUGUACUGGGUUUUCGCUCGCAGAAGUAAAUAUGAGGGUUGUGUGCGCCACCCCGCCAGACCCAAAAGUAGGACCACGCUUCCCGCGCCGGCCCUUCCGUCUGGCCUGCUCCUGCCGCCCCGGUUCUCCCCCUGCCACACCGUUAUUCCUUCAGAGGGCAGGAAUGAGCUCACCACAGAUGUUCUUUAUUGGCGCCCAGGGCCUAGAGAAGGGGCUGAAACCGGGUGAGCGGGCCUGCGGGAGGCAGCCAGCAGGGGGCGCUGCUCUCCUACAGCGAUCCUGCACCUCCCCCGCCGGCGCCCUCGGGGCUCGGCCCGGGCCUUUGCGGGAUCCUGAGCCUGGGAUGCUGCGUCUGAAGGCUGGAGCUGAGCCUGUUGCUUGGUCUGCGGCUCCCGUUCCUUUGCACCAGGCCUUCGUGGGGGAACUGUCAGCUGCGAAGUGCGGAGGAGGGGAGCGGGGGUCUCUCGAAGAGGUUCGCCUCGUUUCCCAGGGUGGAAAAGAGGGUGGCUUGGGGCCCUGCCCGCGCUUCUGCCCCUUCCUUCAGCCGCCUGCGCCCUCGUAUCCUCGGCGCACCCGCGACCCCGGCUGCACCCGCUGCGCGCUCAGGCUCUGGGGAGGUUUGGCGUCGCCUGGGAUUGUUGCCGGGCAACAAGCAGCUGGCUGCAGCCUCUGCGCCCGCCCCGCCCCCGCCGCUCCUCGGCGCGCAGCCGUGAGCAGCGGGUUCUCUGCCUGCCGACGGGGAUGUGACCGGCUCCGCACGGAGCGCAGCGCCCCGCGCCACCUCGAGUCCCGGAAGAGAACCGCCGAGCUGCCCAUUCAGAUGCCAAUCAGAAGCCGAGGAGGAAAUUUAAGUCGCUGGCAGCUGAGCCUCGCGGAGAGCGGUGCCAGCGAAGCCUGGGGUCGUGGGGAGGCGAGGGGGGCGCUUGCUGUAAAGAAAUCCUCAGGCGCGGCGUUACUGCCUCAGCCCGGUGCAGCCGGUGUUCGCCGCCCGCGUUCCUCGCUUGGCUCCGGUAUUUAAAUCAGCACGUCUUGCCCACUGAGAAGGACUUUUCCCUGGGUGGGAGAUCUGGCCGGUAGGCUCAGCCCAGGUCGCCCUCUUCACGGGCUCAGGUCGGGAGGCGUGGCAGCCCCCGCGCGAGAGGCCAGUGCCAGGCAAAAGGCUAUGUGGAGAGCCACAGAGGACGUGUGCACACGGUUCACGGAGACCAAGAUUCUUCCAGGAAAAGACAGAGGGGGAGGAGGAGGAAGAGAGAGGUAGAAUGUGGGCCCUGGGUGGGCACAGCAUUGUAACUGCACAUGGAGGGGUGAUUUCCGCCCCUCUGAAUGAAUAGCAGCGCUUUAGGCCUACAAGAUUGGGUAUGGAUGCUAGAGGCAUGUAGGUUAAGAAAAACAUUGUUGCUUCUGUUUUAGUUAACGUGAUGUCACGCACAGAACAGGGGAUAAUUUCCCUUUUGUGGGAAUACAUUUUUCCUAGUACAGUCAAUUGCUCACUUAUGAAUAUAAUAAUAUGGUAAAAGAAUGAUGAUCGUGUUAGGCAAAUCCACAAAUCAGUCUUAUAUCCUUUUGGAAUGCAGCUCGAUGCCCCUGUGGAGGGGAAUAUCUUGGAUGGGCCUUGCAGUUCAGGGAGAGCCUGAUCCCUCCCCACAGCCCUCAGGAUGGGUUCUUGUAGUCCCCUAGAGGAGAGAGCUUGGAGAAUCGGGCAACUUGCCCAAGGUCACUAACUCUAAAGGGCUUCUGUGACAUCACCUGUUUCCAGAGCUCAACGGAAAAGAGCAGCAGGACCCUUCUCAACUCGGCCACUGACACCCACUGGUGUGAGGCGGGGACAGAUUACUUACUACUCAUCUAGGCUUUAGCUUCCUCACUUUAAAAUCAAGUUACAAUCAAGAUACAGUGGCCCCUCAAGUUACAACGGGCCUGACAUAGGAACUUGGGUUAAUUAGGUUAAUGGAAGAUUCAUCUGCCUCUUGUUAUCUAUACCGUGUACCCAGGUAAACAUCUAAAUCUCAGCUGUACUGACUUAGUUACAACUAGCCCUCAGGAAUGAGUUCCUAAGGGUCCACUGUGCUAAGAGUACAUACUUUGUAAAAAUUGAUUAAUUGCAAAGUUUAAAAAUUCUGCCUGGCACUUAAUAAGCACAAUGUAUAUAUAAUCUCCCAUGCUCAGAAUCUCCAUUAGGUGAGUCUUGCUCAAUAAUAGCUCCACCCACCACUAAAAGAAAUGUAAAAUUUAAAAGUUUGCUGAGGCUGACUCAUACAUAUCUACAACAAUUAACUUCUCAUUAAAAGGGAGUUGUUUUCCCUGUGACAAUUCUUACCUAAAUUGCCUUAACAUUUUUUUUGUCGGUUGAGAAUACCCUUCUGCAGGUGUGCUUACUGCUGGAUUUUUUUUUUUUUUUUUU